AUGCCACCCAAAAAGGCUCGCGCCUUCAACCCGAAACCCAAAUCCAAAUCCGCAGCAACGACAACCUCCAACACACCCAAAAACAAGCUCCCAAAACCCUUCGUCCCCGCUCCAAAAGCACUCGAACCCUUCACAAGCUCCCUAAACAAAAACCAUGUCUACAUCACCUCCCUCGACUCCCACCCGAAAGACUUUAAGAAGCGGAUCUUCUUGGUACCUGUUAUCAUGAACAUCCUGAUCAUGGCGGCAAUCAUAUAUAGGGGCAAGGUCAUCGGACCUUAUUACAUGAAAAUCUGCUUCUCAUUAAUGGGCAAGAGGAAUGAAACGACGAUGAAUACGAGACGAAUGGCGUCGAAUGACCUUGCGAAGGAGUUAUUACGACGCACCGGUACCUUUAUGUUAGAUUUACUGAUCUAUUCAUUCGUGUGGCCGUGGCCCAAAGCGUUUUUCCUAGGCCAGAAACUCGGGAAUCCGGUUGCGUGGAGGACGAUCGUUGGGUUUCGGGACCAGGAGAUUGUGGUGCGACGGAGUCGGAAAUGGUUCUUACCCGGCACGGAUGUGUUGGAGGAGGGGAAAGAGCAGGAUUUGCUGUUUGGGGUUGUGGGUGUUGCGACGGAACCGAUGUGGAUGAGUGAGAAGACGGGGUAUUUGAUGUUGAAUAAGGAGUGGGAUUUAGAUUGGACUCUCAUCAUUAAAGCGACGAAGCUGGUGGAUAAGAAGGUGUUGAGUAUUGAGGAUUUUAAGACUACGAUACUGGUGCAUCAUGAGGAGCAUGGGUGGUUGGCGAUUGAGACUGCGGAGGCGGGGGGGAGUUUGAAGGAGGAUGAGGGGAGGAGGAAGAUUGUUGCGUUUAAGGAUAAGUUGACUGCGAUGGGGAAGGAGGAUCUUUUUUUUCGAUGGAUUGAGAUUGUGCAGUAUGAGUCUUCGAGGCCGGGGGAGUUUGGGCCGGAGCGCCAGCAGCAGACAGUGUUGAAGGCUAGGGAGUUGUUUGAGAGUAAUAAGGUGGACUUUGAUAAGUUUUGGGAGGAGGUGGGUGGGAUGAAGGGGAUGCCUGGGAUGGAGGUGGAUUAG